AUGGCUACCGAAAACCAAAUGGAAUAUGUUUCCCUCGGCAAAUCCGGCCUCAAGAUCUCCAAGGUCAUCCUAGGCACCAUGUCCUACGGCACAAGCGAAUGGCAAGACUGGGUUCUAGACGAAGAUAAAGCCCUCCCGCUGAUCGAGCACGCCUACAAGCGCGGAAUCAACACCUGGGAUACAGCAGAUGUGUACUCGCACGGCCGCUCCGAAGAAAUCGUCGGCAAGGCGCUGAAGAAAUACAACAUACCGCGCCACCGCGUCGUGAUCAUGACCAAGUGCUUCUACGGUGUUGAUGAUGAGGGCAAGCUUCCUCCUAUUGCGGCCUGCAGCCAGAAUAAGGGCGAUAUGGUGAACAGAGUUGGAUUGUCGCGGAAGCAUAUCUUUGAUGCGGUCGAUGCGAGUAUUGAGAGACUUGGGACUUAUAUUGAUGUUCUCCAGAUCCAUCGGUUGGAUCGUGAGACGCCGAGAGAGGAGAUCAUGAAGGCGUUGAAUGAUGUUGUUGAGAGUGGGAAGGUUAGGUAUAUUGGUGCCAGCACGAUGGCCGCCUGGGAAUUCCAAGCCCUCAACAACCUCGCCGCCUCCAAGGGCUGGCACACCUUCAUCUCCAUGCAAAACUACCACAACUUGAUUUCUCGCGAAGAAGAGCGCGAAAUGAUCCCCUACUGCCUCGACGCCGGAAUCGGUCUAAUCCCCUGGUCCCCGAUGGCCCGAGGCCUCCUCACCCGCCCCUGGCGCAGCGCGCCUUCGCUCCGUGAGUCCACGGACGGCGCUCUGAAUUUUCUCCUCCGCAACCGGGAGACGGAGGCGGAUAAGAAGAUUGUGGACCGUGUUGAGGAGAUUGCGAAGAAGAAGGGCGUCAGCAUGGCCCAGGUAUCCAUUGCGUGGUCUCUGAGCAAUAAGAAUGAGAACCCCAUUUUGGGGCUCAGCAGCAAGGAGAGGAUUGAUGAGGCGGCUGCCAGUAUCAAGGUUGUUUUGACGGAGGAGGAGAAGAAGUAUUUGGAGGAACCUUAUGUGCCCAAGACAUUGUCGCCUCUGGAGAAGUAG